UUCGAGACAAAGUUCCGAGCCCCGCCCCCCGCCCCGCCGCCUGGCACUGCGGACCCGCCAGCGACCCACCGACUGUCUGCCGACCUGCCCAGCUCUCGCGUGCGCCAUGUCUGGUUCCUCCAGCGUCGCCGCUAUGAAGAAGGUGGUUCAACAGCUCCGACUGGAGGCCGGGCUCAACCGCGUGAAGGUUUCCCAGGCAGCUGCAGAUUUGAAACAAUUCUGUCUGCAGAAUGCUCAACAUGAUCCCCUGCUGACUGGAGUAUCUUCAAGUACAAAUCCCUUCAGACCUCAGAAAGUCUGUUCCUUUUUGUAGUAAAAGGAAUCUUUGCAAGGUUUUCUAAAUCACUUUUCAUAAACCGGUGAAUAUUCAAAGGAAAGCUAAAUUUGAAGCCUGUACAAAAGCCUGUCUCUGUAACACGUGCCAUACUAUACACUUCUACUUGUCAGUCCUUAAUGUCUACCUCUCUGAAUAUUCAUGAAUUUCUGUUUCACAAGGGUAAUUAUUUUAUAUACACUGGCAGAAGCAUGCAAUAAAAUACUUAGUAUAAAAGUUUUUUUGAUUAAUUACUGGUAUUAAAGAUUCUAUGUGCAAUAUUAA